UAUCACACACACCGACUUUUGUUCGACUUCUGUCAUACGGUUUUGUUAUUGGUGGAAAACUGUGCAUUACCAUUGUGGAUUCCUCUGUAAAUGCGGCAUCGUCGACGCAUUAAAAAUUAAUUAGAAAUUAACGAACUAGGAGCAGCGUCGAGUUGUAAAUUUCCUGCCCGGGAGAAUGGCUUUCAAUUUUUCGGCGUUCAGCUACAUUGUGGCACUAAUAAUCGAUGCAUUUCUGAUAUUUUUCUCAAUAUUUCAUGUUAUCGCUUUUGACGAACUAAAGACAGAUUACAAGAACCCUAUCGAUCAGUGUAACUCACUGAAUCCGUUGGUUCUGCCGGAAUACGCCCUACACGUCCUGUUCAAUCUACUGUUCCUGUUUGCCGGAGAAUGGUUCUCGUUAGUAAUAAACGUCCCUCUUAUUGCGUAUCAUAUAUGGAGAUACAAAAACCGUCCGGUCAUGUCGGGACCAGGUCUGUACGAUCCAACGAGCAUCAUGAAUUCUGACGUACUAAAUAAAUGCCAACGGGAAGGCUGGAUAAAAUUGGCAGUUUAUUUAUUAUCAUUCUUCUACUACCUGUACGGCAUGAUCUAUUCACUCAUUUCCUCCUAAAUGAUCCGGUGGCCAUUUAAUGAACAACUACUCAAUGAGUCAAUCAAACUUUUUCGCUGUUAAGCUGUAGAUAAAGUGAAAUUAGCCUAAAACGAUAGAUAGAAUAAGCUGCACACACACACACACGCAAAACACCGACCAACGAUGGAACAUUAACACGAAUCCAUCCUAGUCUAGUUUCUGAAACCAUUACGAAUAAUGUUUCUUUAAAUUCGGCUGCUAUAACAGUUGGUAACGGAUUGAAACUUUCGCUUUUAAUCAUUUCAUUUCGUUUUCAUCAUUUCGUAUCUUUGCUCGAUUCAUAAAAGCUAUUGACUAAAUUCGUUUUCGUUUGUAAGUUAUUUUCAUGAUCCAAACAACUUUCGCAUCUGUUGAUCAUAAACGUGCGCGGGAAGGGGAUAUGGGCAUUUGCACAGUUAUGUUUUAGUGGAUUGUAAAGAAUGUCAAAUAAAACUGUAUCUUACAGGAAAGAUUCUCCGGAA